AUGGGUUCUAAAAGUGCAGAGAAACCUCAUGCCCUGUGCAUUCCAUAUCCAGCACAAGGCCACAUUAACCCCAUGAUGCACCUUGCCAAGCUUCUCCUUGCUAGAGGCUUUUACAUAACUUUUGUCAACACUGAAUUUAACCAUGAGCGUGUUACUAGUUCAGCAGGAGCUAUCGAAUUGAAGCAUUUAGAGGAUUUUAACUUGGAAUCGAUCACUGAUGGCUUGCCACCGGACGAUUGCCGGACCCAAGAAAGCCUUUUCGAUGCAACAACGAAGUAUUUCUUGAGUCCUUUCAAGGAUCUGGUUUCAAAACUCAAUGGUUCCAUGGAAGUCCCUCGGGUUCCAUGCAUAAUUUCCGAUGGCCUUCGGAACUUUACACAGCAAGUUGUAGAAGAGAAUGGGAUCCCAAGGAUUUCUCUGUGGACGACGAGUACUUGUGGUUACUGGGGAUUCUUGCAGUACCCGGAGAUCAUCGAAAGAGGAAUCCUGCCUUUCAAAGUUGUGGAUUGGAUACCUGGCAUGCCGAAUAUCAGUCUAAGAGAUUUACCCUCCUUUAUUAGGACAACCAUUCUUAGUGAUAUCGUGCAACAAUUUUGCAAGGUUAAAUGCCGUGAUGCCCUCAAAGCUUCAGCUCUCAUUCUUAACACAUUCGAAGAUUUAGAGAAACCUGUUCUCGAUGCCAUGAGAGAAAGAAUCUCAUGCCCAUUCUAUACAAUUGGCCCUGUUGUAAGCUUUAGCCAAAGUGAAUCCAAUGUCCACUUAAACUCAGUUUCAAGGAGUCUUUGGAAAGAAGAGGAUGCUUGUAUAGAAUGGCUCAAUGACAAGGAACCUAAGUCAGUUCUCUAUGUGAAUUGUGGCCGUUUGGCAAUUUUAACACCCAAUCAAAACAAUGAGUUUGCCUGGGUUCUUGCUAAUAGCCAAAGACCAUUCAUAUGGGUCAUUCGCGACGAUCUUCACGUUUGCAAUGAAUUGGGCAUUGGUAUGGAGAUAAACAAUGAUGUUAAGAGGGAGGAUGUGGAAGAAUUGUUGAGGGAAUUGAUGGGAGGAGAGAAGGGUAAAGAGAUGCAGUUAAAGGCCAAGAAAUGGAUGGAAAGCUCAAAAACUGCUCUUCAAUUUGGAGCUUACUUUAGAGCUAGAACUCAAUGCGGCUCUGGUGUUGCUGCUCCUGCUGCAACAAUGGAAGAAACAAGUUGCGAAUUGUGGGUUCUCUGUCUCUUGUAUAAAUAUAGAGAAAAAAUGAAGUAG